AUGGCUUCGAAACGUGUUGUUAGUAAAGUGGCCGAUGAGGCUGUCAAGAGAAGAAAGUCUUCGAGAAUAGGAGCCAAGCUUCGUAUGCUUCUGACUGUGGAGGUGAAGAUCGAGGACGAGUCGCUCUGUGGGGCGCCAGAGCACCCUGUGAAAGAAGAGAUCAUAAAGCAGGAAGUCAAAGAAGAGCCUGUGGAAAAUUUUCUGGAAAUCAAACAAGAAGGGUUUGAAACUCAUGCAGAUGAAGUUUCGCCUAUAAAUGGGACGUGUUUCUCCACAGUAAGGCCGUCAGACUUGGCCCAGGGCCAACCUCCCAACUGGCAGGCCAUCUAUAACGAAGUUGUGGCCAUGAGAGGCCGUAUAAUCACUCCAGUGGACUCUAUGGGCUGUGAGAAAAUGCCCGAUACGCUUUCACCGCAGCUUCUGGAGAAACAGCCCCAGCUCUACCGGUUUCAGCUACUCAUCUCGCUCAUGCUCUCUUCACAGACCAAAGACGAGAUCAACUACGAAGCGUCGCAGAAUAUGAAGAAGCACUUCAUUUCCAAAGGCUUUUCCAAUGGCGUUUGUAUUGAAGCCAUUCGUGCCUCGAGCGAGUCUGAACUCGACGAGCUUAUCAAGCGUGUAGGCUUCCACCGCCGGAAAGCCAUGUACAUGAAGAAAGCGUGUGAUAUGCUUCACGAAAAGCAUAACGGUGAUAUUCCCAAAUGCAUCGAGGACGUUGUUGAACUUCCCGGGGUAGGCCCCAAAAUGGGCCAUUUACUACUACAAUUUGGCUGGGGCAUCAACAGUGGCAUUGGCGUAGAUGUACACAUCCAUCGCCUCGCACAGAAAUGGGGUUGGGUGCGAAAGUCAGAUAAGCCAGAAGCCACAAGAUUGGAGCUAGAGCUGUGGUUACCAAGAAGACUUUGGGCUCAAGUCAACCCUUUGCUUGUUGGAUUUGGCCAAACGGUGUGCAAUUCCCAGAUCUCCAACUGUGAUGUGUGCACUUUGGCAUCCAAAGGUUUAUGUAAGGGCGUGAACAGAAAGCUACUCAAGGGACCUAUAAGUGAGGACAGAUUGAACAAACUACGCAGGCAGCGUGCUGAUUUGCUGCCUUUGGUUGAGGACCAAAAAGCUGGAAUUGUUAAUUUUUGA